UCAAGCGCUAUAAUUUUCACCAAAACCAGUCUUAGUUCAUAUCCGGAUACUUAAGUUGAUUGACGUGGAAGGUGAGUCUCUUGUGGCUAUCUUCUCAAGAAUCCCAUCCUAAAGAACCAAAAAUUAUCUUUGAUAUCAGUAUUACCUACUACCAAAGUAAGGAACUCGAUAGAGAAUGCUAAAACAAGCGGCAUCUUCUCGCACUAAUAAGAUUCCACAUUUGUUUGUUGAUUUUCCUAGAUGGCAGGACAUUUCAAAAGCGAUUUGUCUUUAACUGAAAAUCCGGUUUCGAGAAAUUUUUCUUUUCAAAGUCACAUUUUGAACGGUUUAUUUUUAAAUAUCUAGGCUCCUAAUGGCUUCCCAGAUAGGGAGUUCAAUUUCAGAUCGCGUGUUGGACAAUGAAAAGGACUGCCAUAUGUUACGCCGAUUGAAUCGGAGUACGGCCAGCGUAAUAAAUAUUGUCACAUUGUUUUAUCGCUUAAGUACCUAGAAAGAGCCUGCUUCGCUACCCUAAAUGAUGACUUUUUUAACACAAGCUGUGUUCAUACCCAAGUAAAAAAUAACGUCACGAUAUUUAAAUUAUUUACAGCGAUAUCUAGUUCAUAAUGAAGUUCCUUGCGUGCCUUACGUUAACAACACUGGUUUCUUUGAUUGUGGCUGUGCCAUUUCCAAGAGAAGACUUUACCAGAGAGCUUGGAAAAUCCGGUCAUUACGACAAAGGUAGGACAAUAUUUAUUAUCUACUAGCUGAUUGAGAGAAUGUCAUAAUAAAUGCAGCCAUGUACAAGAGUUGAACCAAUCUUGAAGCAACCUACAGAAAUAAAGUUUGGUUUGCAUCGUCCCUUGGCCCAAGUAACACAUUUCAAAAGUCACUUCUUAAAGAUAAUAAAUAGAAUUAUUGAAUUCAGCUAUAAAGAAAAUGGACAUUGUUUAACCUAGUAGUUUAUUUUGCCAGGUUUCACUACUCUUUUUUUUCUGUAAAAAUGCUUACAUAUUUUCCCUACCUUGUGUUAAUUACAGAAUUUGAAAGAAUAUGCAUAUAUUAUCGAUAACUUUCUACCAUUCUAGAUUCGGCUACAUACCACCCAUGAACCUCGCGUACAAAGAGUCGAUGAUCUAUCUUAUUUUCGCUCGUACUUAGAACGUCCUGCAAAACACCUGACGACAUGAAAUGCAUAGAUCCUAUUUUACAAAUAAUAUGAUAGACUGUUUGUGAAUAAGAUAUGAGAAAGUUAGAAUUUAAAUUGUUCUCCUUGAGUUGGCUCAAAAUUAGCAUAAAGUUCAAAGAUAUUUGUUAACUUGAUGCUAUUAACUGAAGCAUCUGUCUAAUGGGUCCUGUUUGUAAUUAAUUAUGGAUAUAGCUUACUCUUGAGCGAGGAAGCAAUUUUUUCUCGACCCUGAACAAUGGUUGUAGGCAUCAUUUUAUACCUCCAACGUCAAUUGCGAUUAACAAUCGCCCUCGUUUAUGAACAAGAUUGUGGCUUUGUUCACCAGCGCUUUUUAUCCCCGUCGAUGCCGUUACCAUCAUUCGCUCGUGGGUGGGCAAGAAGAUUCCAGUAUUACAAACAUCAUUCUACAAGAGCACAGCUUGAAGCGGACAGAUCUGCAAAUAAAAUUCUCGAAUCCUAAGAAAUGUCGAGCCUUUGUGCCUAAAUGUGAAGAAUUUCUUCUAAUAACAAUCGAUUUCUAUUGAUUAACGAUCCUUCUUUUGACGUGUAAUAUUCGUUUUGGGGUUUUAAUUAUUCAUAUUUCAAAACCCUUUUUUAUGUCAAUACGCCAGAUGGUAAAAUUCAAACUGCCGAAAUAAUGAAAGAAAUUUGUGGAGACUUUUCUUCGUCAUGUCUAUCUCUUACAAUCUCAUUCCUUCAAUGCCUUUCAAAAUCCCCGCAAUUGAUAACACUAAUGAGUUCAUAGGAAAUUCCAUUUGGCUCACGAACUCGACUAAAGCAAAAGACCACAAAUAAGCAAUAUGCACAUGGUGAAGUGUAUUCUUUAGGUUCGUACCUAAAGGCUCUUGUGUUUGUAUAUAAAGAUAGUGAGUUACACCUCACAGUUAUUUCUACACUAAAUUAAGUAAACAUUCUCAUAAAAUGAUUGCCUCAUAUAAGAUGAACCCACACAUCUAAAGUAAAUAAACCAACUCGAAAUGCAAGGAGGUAAUAAAUGUUUAAUUGCGAUGAAAAAAGUAAAAAACUCGGGAACAAACAAACUUAUGAGUAAAAUCGUGCAACUUACUCACGAAGAUAUAGAUAACCUUACCGUUUUCAAAACACUUCUGGCUUUUUUCUUCUUUUAAAAGCAACAAUGAUUGGCUGGAGUAAAAACACUCAUUAUGGUGACGCUUAAGAAAACGUCAAUAACGAUAUAACUUCCAUUUGCCUUAGGAAUUUUCAAAUUUUCGAAGGUUUGAAAUCGUCAAUACUCCCCAUGAUGCCAAGAUGUUUUCUUUAUUGUAAUAUUUAACGACUGUAUGAAUCGAGAAUAAAAUUUACCUUCGGACCUCCAGCUUCUCUUUCACGACACACGAAAUUUAAAAAUUAUUUCACAACAUUGUUUUGCAGUUAGUGGCUAUGAUGUGUAUAACGCUAGACACGUUGUUUUAGUCUUUUGUUUCACCACGUUCUCGUUGUAGUCGUUUUUGCGCUUUGUAUACGCCCCCUCCUAUUUGCUUUGCUUUCAUUUUAUUUUCUUGUGGUUUGAUUAUGAAAUCGUUAUGAUGAAAUUAAAUGGAGCGGGUAAUUCUGUAGGCAGAAUCAUAAUGAGCCAUACCUAGGCCUCUUAAAAAUUUACGCCAAGUAGAUUAAAAUGCAGCGUUUUUUACUUUCAAAACGCAAACAAGUUUUGUGUUUACAACAGAAAACAGAUUAUAGAUAUUUUCCUUCCACACUGCUUAAGAAAAAUUUAAAAUCGCGACAGUCAAAAACAGCAGAAACUCCAGUAUAUAUCUUUACGGUCAGGUUUUAAAGGGGUCUAAUACCGCCAAAAAUACAUCGAUGAUUAAUGUGGAGAUAUUUCUCUGCCGGCGUAGGAAUAAUUUCGAACCUUCAAACUAUGCCCACUUUGUGCGGAGGAGUCUUAAAAUUCCAUAAGCAACGAGAGUCUUUAAGUAUAUUUUUUAUUCUGGUGUACAAGUGCGCUUGUUUCAGUAAAAUUGAUGUGCAUUUCCUAGUAAAAACCAUCAAAACAAAAUUCAGCUCCAUCCAGAUUUUGAUAUUUAAGGAUGUGAGAUCACUUUGAGAUCACUUUUUUAUGUUUUAUUUCAGCUGUUCCUCAUGAAGAGAAGAGAGCUCCUUCAUGUAGAAAUGCUGCAGGCGAAAUUUAUUGCCAGCUAGAAGUAUAUUACGAGGAUUCCUGCUUUUAUCAACCAGGAAUCAUGAAACAGAAUUGCAGAAGAAUGUGCGGAUUUUGCUAG